UGUGUAUUGUUAGGAUAUUCACCAAAUAUCCUAAGAAUACUAUUUUUAGAACUGCAAUCCUAUUGGUCGAAUUCUAUUGGCCGAAAUUAUGAUCGUUCUUACCGUCAGGGUCAAAUACUUCAAUGUUAUCUUUUAUUGGUCAUCUGGACAGUCAAUGUCAUUCAAAUGUUCUUUUCUAUUGGUCGUCCUAAUUUGUCAAUGUCACGGACGUUGAUGCUUUUUCUUAUUCGACCUUAGUGUAUAAAUACGCGCUAUCUGGAAGACUUAAUAAUUCCGUUUCCCCUGCCUACUUGUUCUGCUGUUUUCGACCCAAUAAACAUCUUCCUGCCACGGUGUUACGUUCUGAUUUCUAGGAGAUUUGGAAAAGCCUUUUGGGUCGUUUUGUGAUAUUUGAAUUGGACGCCGUUAGGACUGAAGAGUUACGUAGCCGCGUUUACAACAAAUUUGGCGACGGGUUGGUGACUAAUUAUGGAUCCAGCUACAUUAGAAAAAUUGUUUGCACAGCAGCUGAAGCUGAUGGAGAUGCUUACUCAGACGCACAUCUCUUCUCAAGUCUCAUCUACACCAACAAUUCCUCAGUCAGUUGAUGGUAUGACCAGUAGUAUUUCUGAGUUUCUGUAUGAUCCUGACGCCAAUAUUACAUUUGAUACUUGGUUCAUGCGUUAUGAAGAUCUUUUCAAAGUUGAUUUUGCUGACAAAGAUGAUUCCUGGAAGGUGCGUCUUCUCCUUCGAAAACUUGGUCCGUCAGAACUGGACAAGUAUCGCAACUACAUCCUACCGCAGAACCCACGUGACAGAUCAUUCGAUGCUACGGUUCAGUCCCUCAGCAAACUUUUUGGGGAUCAGCAUUCUAUUUUCAAUACACGUUAUCGUUGUUUAAAACUAGUCAUGAAUGAGUCCGAUGACUUCUUGACUCAUGUUGGUAUUGUCAACCGCGAGUGUGAACGGUUCAAACACAGAUCCCUUACUGAUGACCAAUUCAAAUCACUCAUAUUCAUAUGCAGUCUACAAUCACCCAAAUUCUCCGACAUCAGAACUCGAUUGCUUAACCGCCUCGAACAAGACCCAACACUGACACUCGAUGCUAUCGCUGAUGAGUACCAACGCAUCACCAACUUACAGUGUGACAACACUUUGGUUCAAUCUGGGAGCCAGGGUGGUUCCGAAGUUCACGUUGUUCAGCAGCAGAACAAAUCUUCUAGAUCGAAAACCUUUGGUCGUUCGAAUGCCAGUUCUGUUUCUAAUCACUCAAAAUCAACGCAUAAGAAGCCCCCCUCACCAUGUUGGCACUGUGGAGACUGGCAUUACGUGAAAUUUUGUCCAUUCAAGCAGCAUGUGUGCAAUCGCUGUCAGAAAAUUGGUCAUAAAAGCGGUUUUUGCCAAUCAACCCGAUUCACUGGCCGGCGAAAUUCACAGACGCAGCGUCGUUAUUCCAAAAAGCCGGUUGCUGCAUCUAGGAGUUUAGCAGCAGUCUUCCACACCGAUGCUUCUACUCGACGCAAAUUUCUGACCCUCUCGAUCAAUGGUCAGCUGGUUCGGUUGCAGUUGGAUACUGCAUCAGAUAUCACUAUUCUUUCAGAAGAGACUUGGCGAACCUUGGGUCAACCACGCAUCAAACCAUCGUCGCAGACAGCUGUCAGUGCCUGUGGGGGUCACCUUCGUCUUCGUGGUAAACUUCAUUGCUGUGUUUCGUUCAGAGGUACAACCUUCGAUGGAACAUGCUACAUCACCAAGUCUCCUCUAAACCUUCUGGGGUUAGAUUGGUUCGAAGAACUUGGUCUUGACGAUCUUCCCAUCAGUACUAUUUGCAAUCAAGUGAAAACUCCUGUGACUACACAACAACAUGCUGCAGAUCUUCAAAAACAAUUCACAAAACUCUUUCAGCCUGGUCUCGGAUUUUGUUCCACAGCGGAAGCUAUUUUGAGACUGCAACCAGAAGCUACGCCAGUUUUUCGUCCAAAACGCCCAGUCCCAUACGCAUCUCUUCCUCUGGUUGACGCUGAACUGCAACGGCUGGAAACGGAAGGUGUUCUUGUGCCUGUCUCUUACUCAUCAUGGGCGGCACCGAUUGUGGUUGUAAAGAAAGCCAAUGGUUCCAUACGCAUCUGUGCAGACUUCUCCACAGGACUAAACGCGGUACUACAGCAGCAUCACUAUCCGCUGCCGAUUCCAGAUGACUUAUUUACUAUUUUAAAUGGUGGGACAUACUUCGCUAAGCUAGACCUAGCAGAUGCUUACCUUCAAAUUCCUGUCGCUCCUGAAUCGAGAGAGUUGUUGACAAUUAACACUCACCGAGGACUUUUUCAGUAUACCCGGUUACCCUUUGGUAUCAAAACUGCUCCAGCGAUCUUCCAGCAGAUUAUGGAUACUAUUCUGGCAGAUGUUCCUGGUGUUGCUACUUACCUUGACGAUGUCCUCAUUGUCGGCUCAACUGCUGAUGAAUUGUAUACCAGAACACACUCAGUUCUUCAACGCCUUCAGGAUAAUGGUUUUCGCCUUCGUCCAGAGAAAUGCAAAUUUUUCUUACGUUCCGUUAAAUACCUAGGGUUUAUUUUCGAUGCUUCCGGACGUCAUCCUGAUCCUCAAAAUACUCAUGCAAUUCAACAAAUGCCGGCUCCCACUGAUGUCUCCUCACUGCGAUCAUUUUUGGGGAUGGUUAGCUACUAUUCAGCUUUUCUCCCAGCAUUGCAUGACGUACGUUAUCCUUUAAAUCAUCUGCUAGAAAAGAAUGCCACUUGGAAUUGGUCUUCUCAAUGUGAAUCAGCUUUUUCGAAACUUAAAGCCAUGCUAAGCUCCAAACUACUCCUAACCCACUACAAUCCGAAACUACCCAUUGUGGUUGCCGCUGACGCUUCAACACAUGGACUGGGUGCUGUGCUCUUACAUGUUUUUCCCGACGGCUCAGAGAAAGCGGUGGUACAUGCUUCCAGAACACUGACACCUGCUGAAAAACGUUACGGUCAAAUCGAGAAGGAAGCGUUAGCCAUAAUUUUUGCUGUCCGGCGAUUCCACAAACUAAUUUAUGGGCGCCGUUUCACAUUGCUCACAGACCAUAAGCCAUUGUUAUCAAUAUUUGGAUCAAAAAAGGGCAUCCCCGCCCAUUCUGCUAAUCGUCUUCAACGUUGGGCGUUGGCAUUACUGGGGUACGACUUCGACAUCCAGUAUCGACGUUCCGAAGAUUUCGGCCAAGCUGAUGCGCUGUCCAGACUUAUCAGUAGCCACUCCACCACUGAUGAUGACACCGUCAUAGCUACAAUAUUAGCAGAAGAGGAUCCCAGUGCUACACUCUUAGCGAAUGCCAUUCGAGCAAUGCCUGUAACCGCUGGAGAUAUUCAAAAAGCUACCAGGGACGACCCGUUUAUUCAAGAAGCGAUCACGUAUGUUCAGAGCCGAUGGCCAGUUAAGCAGCUAAGUGGUGAUAUGAAACAUCUAGCGAAUCGUCGCAGUGCUCUAUGUGUUGUUAACGACUGUCUGAUGUUCGGUGACCGUGUAGUAAUUCCAACAACCCUACGUCCCAAGGUCCUACGCCAAUUUCACUCUGGACACCCAGGGAUAAACCGUAUGAAAUCCAUCGCUCGGAGCUAUGCAUAUUGGCCAAACAUGGAUAGGCACAUUGUCGAUUUCGUCAGAAGAUGUUCACAGUGUCAAACAGCUGCGAAAAAUCCCAAGUUACUUUCAGUACCCUGGCCAAAGUCAGAAAAACCCUGGUCACGAGUGCACAUUGAUUUCGCCGGACCCCUAGAUGGUACCACAUAUCUGAUACUGGUUGACUCUUUCUCCAGAUGGCCGGAGAUAUUGCCGAUUUCCCCACCAUCUACAACUCGAACCAUCAAACUUCUUAAGCAGAUCUUCAGUCAGCAUGGUCUUCCAGAAACAAUAGUAACAGACAAUGGUUCGCAGUUCACAUCCAGUCAAUUCCAAGAGUUUUGCCUGCAAAAUUCGAUCAAGCAUGUCCGUUCUCCGCCAUAUCACCCGCAAUCUAAUGGACAAGCCGAAAGGUUCGUUGACACAUUUAAACGAGCCAUGUUUAAAGCAAGAGGGGAGGGGACCACAUACGACAUCAUAGAAAAAUUCCUUUUCGUGUAUCGGACGACCCCACAUGACUUAUUACCAAACUACAAAUCCCCUGCUGAGAUGCUCAUGGGACGGAAGCUACGAACAGUUCAUAGUGCGAUGACACCUAAGCGAUUGGCCCAACAAAGACCUCGAAUGCAGACGACGCGAAUGCCUUAUGAAGUUGGUGCGAAAGUGUAUGCGCGGGACUACAGACACGGAUAUGAUAGAUGGAUAGAGGGUGAAGUCACUAAGAAACAUGGGAACGUAAUGUAUGAUGUCAGGGUGAGCCGAGAUAUUUGGACCAGGCACCAUAAUCAACUAAGGCCAAGGGAAGCUGAUAAAAAGGGUGACAUUACGAAACGCCUCUCACUCGACUUACUGUUGGAUACUUUUCAACUUCCGACAAUAACUCCAACAGAGACUACUGAGUCAUCUACUCAAGCAGAACAUCCUCCAAGUUCAGAGUUGGUAUCUAGAAGGUGGUCGGAUCGCAAACGUAAACAACCAAAGAAAAUUCAGAUAAAUCCUCGGCUGCAUCGCUAUUAAUUUCUUUUCUUUUCAGAGGGAGGUGUUAGGAUAUUCACCAAAUAUCCUAAGAAUACUAUUUUUAGAACUGCAAUCCUAUUGGUCGAAUUCUAUUGGCCGAAAUUAUGAUCGUUCUUACCGUCAGGGUCAAAUACUUCAAUGUUAUCUUUUAUUGGUCAUCUGGACAGUCAAUGUCAUUCAAAUGUUCUUUUCUAUUGGUCGUCCUAA